AUGGAUGAUAACGAUAGAGCUAUUUCACGUUUGUUUAGGACGUUUAAAACAGUGAAAGAAAUGGUUAAAGAUAGAGGCUAUUAUAUAUCACAAGAAGAACUUGAUAUGACAUUAGAAGAAUUUCGAGCAAAAGUUUGUGAUUCAAUGGGUAAUCCACAAAGAAAAUUAAUGUGUUUCCAAGCAACACCAACAGGAGAACAAUUAGAUAAAUUUCCAGAAAUGGGUUCUUUAUGGGUAGAAUUUUGUGAUGAAGCAAGUGUUGGUAUAAAAACAAUGAGAAAUUUUUGUAUACAUAUAAGUGAAAAAAAUUUUUCAACUGGUAUUUUCAUAUAUCAAAAUAGUAUUACUCCAAGUGCAAAUAAAUUAAUUCCCACUGUACAACCAGCAAGUAUUGAAACAUUUCAAGAAAAUGAUUUAAUUGUUAAUAUAACUCAUCAUGAGUUAGUGCCAAAACAUAUCAAAUUAAGUAAAAUUGAAAAGAAAGAGUUAUUAGAAAGAUAUAGAUUAAAAGAAUCCCAACUACCAAGAAUUCAAAGAGAAGAUCCAGUUGCAAGAUAUUUAGGUUUAAAAAGAGGAGAAAUUGUUAAAAUUAUAAGAAGAUCUGAAACUUCUGGUAGAUAUGCAUCUUAUAGAAUUUGUUUAUAG